CUUGUUGGAUAGCGGCUGCAAAGGGACUGCUCUUUAUGUUUCGGGGCUGGCUGAAAGAGUUGGUCUUCCAAAACGGAAAAGCACGAAAGUUUCGGUCUUCCAAUUCCCGCCGCAAAUUUGCCCGAAUCCCCCUUCAAAGAAACUUCAGACUUAAAUACAAACUACUGCGCCGCUCAGACAGGUGUCGGGGCCUUGGGGAAGGCGGGCUGACGAUGCCGGGACGUCACCCAUGUAGAAAUUCGAGCUCGAUUUCGCCGAGCGCCUAUUCCUUUGUAAUCGAAAAUAGGCUGCUAUUUACCAAACUUCUGAAAUAGCCGAACGAACCCACGGUGACAAAGGCACAACGAAGCAAAUUGUGUAGCAACACCACCACUACCGCCACACGGGCGCGCAAAGCUUUAAAACAACAAACUUAGACAGUGAACUCAUAAGCUGAUACUGUUACGCCCUGCGAGUACUUUUUACCCCCGAAUCCGGUACUCUAUACCAUAUUUCACACGGCCGCUGCGCGAGGCGCUAGCGGCCGCUGACGACGCGAUGGCGCACAGCCUCAGCGCACACAGCCGUCAGGCUGGUGACAGAAAGCUUGGCGCGGGCGCGGCCUCGUCGCGCCCGAGCUGUCCCUCGCGCCGCAUUGUGCGCGUCGCCGCGCAUGCGAGCGCCUCCAAGGCCACGCCCGACGUCCCGGUCGAUGACCUGCCUCCCGCUCAUGCCCGCGCUGCCGUCGCGGCCGCCAACCGCCGCGCUCGUGCCAUGGCUUCGGCUGAGGCCGCCGCGGAGACCCUGGGUGACUUCCUGGGGCUCGGCAAGGGCGGGCUUUCGCCCGGGGCCACCGCCAACCUGGACAGGGAACAGGUACUGGGUGUGCUGGAGGCGGUGUGGCGCCGCGGCGACCUCAACCUGGAGCGCGCGCUGUACAGCCACGCCAACGCCGUCACCAACAAGUACUGCGGCGGCGGUGUGUAUUACCGCGGCCUGGUGGAGUUCUCCAACAUCUGCCAGAACGACUGCAGCUACUGCGGCAUCCGCAACAACCAGAAGGAGGUGUGGCGCUACACCAUGCCGGUGGAGGAGGUGGUGGAGGUGGCCAAGUGGGCGCUGGAGAACGGCAUCCGCAACAUCAUGCUGCAGGGCGGCGAGCUCAAAACGGAGCAGCGCCUGGCGUAUCUGGAGGCGUGCGUGCGCGCCAUCCGCGAGGAGACCACCCAGCUGGACCUGGAGAUGCGCGCGCGCGCCGCCUCCACCACCACAGCUGAGGCCGCCGCCUCCGCGCAGGCGGACGCAGAGGCCAAGAGGGGCGAGCCGGAGCUAGGCGUGGUGGUGUCGCUGAGUGUGGGCGAGCUGCCCAUGGAGCAGUACGAGCGGCUGUUCAGGGCUGGCGCGCGGCGCUACCUGAUCCGCAUCGAGACCUCCAACCCCGACCUGUACGCUGCGCUGCACCCCGAGCCCAUGAGCUGGCACGCGCGCGUGGAGUGCCUGCGCAACCUCAAGAAGGCCGGCUACAUGCUGGGCACUGGCGUGAUGGUGGGGCUGCCGGGCCAGACGCUGCACGACCUGGCGGGCGACGUCAUGUUCUUCCGCGACAUCAAGGCCGACAUGAUCGGCAUGGGCCCCUUCAUCACGCAGCCGGGCACGCCCGCCACCGACAAGUGGACGGCGCUAUACCCCAACGCCAACAAGAACAGCCACAUGAAGUCCAUGUUCGACCUCACAACCGCCAUGAACGCGCUGGUGCGAAUCACCAUGGGCAACGUCAACAUCAGCGCCACCACCGCGCUGCAGGCCAUCAUCCCCACCGGCCGCGAGAUUGCGCUGGAGCGCGGCGCCAAUGUGGUGAUGCCCAUCCUCACGCCCACCCAGUACCGCGAGUCCUACCAGCUGUACGAGGGCAAGCCCUGCAUCACCGACACCGCCGUGCAGUGCCGGCGCUGCCUGGACAUGCGCCUGCACAGCGUGGGCAAGACCUCCGCCGCGGGCGUGUGGGGCGACCCCGCCUCCUUCCUGCACCCCAUCGUGGGCGUGCCCGUGCCGCACGACCUGUCCAGCCCCGCGCUGGCCGCCGCCGCCUCCGCCGACUUCCACGAGGUGGGAGCCGGCCCCUGGAACCCCAUCCGACUGGAGCGAUUGGUGGAGGUGCCGGACCGCUACCCCGACCCCGAUAACCAUGGCCGCAAGAAGGCCGGGGCCGGCAAGGGCGGCAAGGCCCACGACUCCCACGACGACGGCGACCACGACGACCACCACCACCACCACGGCGCCGCGCCCGCGGGCGCCGCGGCUGGCAAGGGCACCGGUGCCGCCGCGAUCGGUGGCGGCGCCGGCGCUUCGCGCCAGCGCGUGGCAGGCGCUGCGGCGGCCUCUGCGCGGCUGUGUGCGGGCGCGCGCCGCGCUGGGCGCGUGGUGGCGUCGCCGCUGCGGCCGGCGGCGGCGUGCCGCGGCGUGGCAGUGAAGGCGGCGGCGGCGGCGGCUGGCGAGGAUGCGGGCGCGGGCACCAGUGGCGUGGGCAGCAACAUUGUGACCAGCCCCGGCAUCGCCAGCACCACCGCUCACGGUGUGCCGCGAAUCAACAUCGGCGUGUUCGGAGUCAUGAAUGCGGGCAAGUCGACGCUGGUGAACGCUCUGGCGCAGCAGGAGGCGUGCAUCGUGGACUCCACGCCCGGCACCACCGCCGACGUCAAGACGGUGCUUCUAGAGUUGCACGCGCUGGGCCCGGCCAAGCUGCUGGACACUGCGGGGCUGGACGAGGUGGGCGGGCUGGGCGACAAGAAGCGGCGCAAGGCGCUCAACACCCUCAAGGAGUGCGACGUGGCGGUGCUGGUCGUGGACACGGACACGGCGGCGGCGGCCAUCAAGUCCGGCCGCCUGGCGGAGGCGCUGGAGUGGGAGUCCAAGGUGAUGGAGCAGGCGCACAAGUACAACGUCAGCCCAGUGCUGCUGCUCAACGUCAAGAGCCGGGGGCUACCGGAGGCGCAGGCAGCGUCCAUGCUGGAGGCGGUGGCAGGCAUGCUGGACCCAAGCAAGCAGAUUCCCCGCAUGUCGCUGGACCUGGCCAGCACGCCGCUGCACGAGCGCUCCACCAUCACCUCGGCCUUCGUCAAGGAGGGCGCCGUGCGCUCCAGCCGCUACGGCGCGCCGCUGCCAGGCUGCCUGCCGCGCUGGAGCCUGGGCCGCAACGCCAGGCUGCUCAUGGUCAUCCCCAUGGACGCCGAGACCCCCGGCGGCCGCCUGCUGCGCCCACAGGCGCAGGUCAUGGAGGAGGCCAUCCGGCACUGGGCCACGGUACUGAGCGUGCGCCUGGACCUGGACGCGGCGCGCGGCAAGCUAGGACCCGAGGCGUGCGAGAUGGAGCGCCAGCGCUUUGACGGCGUCAUCGCAAUGAUGGAGAGGAACGACGGCCCCACGCUGGUGGUCACCGACUCGCAGGCUAUCGACGUGGUGCACCCCUGGACUCUGGACCGCUCCUCCGGGCGGCCGCUGGUGCCCAUCACCACCUUCUCCAUCGCCAUGGCCUACCAGCAGAACGGCGGGCGGCUGGACCCCUUUGUGGAGGGGCUGGAGGCGCUAGAGACGCUGCAGGACGGCGACCGCGUGCUGAUCUCGGAGGCGUGCAACCACAACCGCAUCACCUCCGCCUGCAACGACAUCGGCAUGGUGCAGAUCCCCAACAAGCUGGAGGCGGCGCUGGGCGGCAAGAAGCUGCAGAUCGAGCACGCCUUCGGCCGCGAGUUCCCGGAGCUUGAGUCGGGCGGUAUGGACGGUCUGAAGCUGGCCAUUCACUGCGGCGGCUGCAUGAUUGACGCCCAGAAGAUGCAGCAGCGCAUGAAGGACCUGCACGAGGCAGGCGUGCCCGUCACCAACUACGGCGUGUUCUUCUCUUGGGCCGCCUGGCCCGACGCCCUGCGCCGCGCGCUGGAGCCCUGGGGUGUCGAGCCGCCCGUAGGCACUCCCGCCACGCCCGCCGCCGCGCCGGCUACCGCAGCCAGCGGCGUGUAAGAUUGCCAGCGUGGUAGGGUAGGGUAUGGAGUGGGAGAUGCGACCAAAAGCGGCUUAUGAUUGGCUUUGGCCCCCCUUCAUGCAACUGGCACGCAAGCUGAGCGUGCUUGGUGCUUGAAGGAAAGGUACAUGCUAGAUUGCUCGGUGGUUGAAAUGUUUCAACCCAUGUUCAGAGCUACACAUGUUCACACGGUAUUCUUUGGUUCCUUAGUUGCAUGCUCACGCCGAAUUCGCUGACUGCAUAAAGCGCCGAGCCUAAGGCUGGUGAGCAUACAAGUAUGAUAUGGCUGAUGUUGGUCGGGCUCCUAGCUUUACUGAACGCUUGCGGGCCUGUCAGUUUACUUCGAGUGGGCAAGGCUUGUGCACAGAGUGUACCAUUAGCUGCUAUGGUGCUUGGCAGCCAAUUGCGCAAGGCACCACUCAAUAAUGCAGUACGUGUCGGACUUCAGACUGGUGCAUGCUGCUGUUUGGGGUGCACCCUGCAGAUGCACCCCUGCCACUCAUUUACAGUGGUAUUGUACUGCGGAUGGCAUGGCCGUGCCUGACGUGCUCCGCCAAUUGCUGCUGAUCGAAAUACAUAAUAAUUAAUAAGGGCACCUUGCAGCACGCGACACUACUGAGGAUGUGUGACGCGUGCGUGGCAGUACAGGCGAGGACGGACGCAUGGCGGCAUGUGCCCUGUAAUUCACCCGCCCC